AUGAAAACAUUCAUCAUUAUAACACUUAUUUUCAUUUGCCUUUCUUAAAAUGCAAAUGUAACAAGAGAGUUAGAAAUAGGAGUUAUUUAAUUUGAGGAAGCCAAAGGAUCACAAAUUUAUAAUCAAGUAUUAUACUAUUAAAUCAUAGCUAGUUCGAUUUGAUACUCCAUUCGUAAAAAUUCCUAAAGUGGCUUUAGCUUUGGUAGAACAUACCUCAACAACAGCUCUAUUUGCAAAAGUGAAAAAUAUAACCUAGCAUGAUUUCAUCAUCCAAUUUUUUAGUGCUGUCACUUUGAAUGCAACUUACAGAUAUUUAGCAACUACAGAUGAAGAGGUUUAUAUAAACUGUUCGAAUUUCAGAGCUACCUAAUAAGCUAUAUUUAGAUAUCCUUAAUUUUAAUAAAAAGUAGAAGCUAUAGCUUUUCUUGUUGGUUAUCAUCAUAAUGGAUUUGUUAAUAUUACUAUAGAUUAGAAUAUCAAUAUAGCAAAGUUAUCAAUCAAUACAAAUGAUAUAUAAUAAACAGCUAUAGGCAUGUGUUUGAUUGUUGGAAGUAAUCUUAAAUUAGAUGAUGAUGCAGACAUUCCAAAAUUUAGUGGAAGAGUAAGCAGUUAAGGAUAAAUAAGAUCAUUGUCAUUUAUAACAAGUAUUUUUAAAAUAUUAUUUAUUGAGGUUUAAUAAAAUAGUGAACAAAGAAAGUAGAAAAUUGGAGAAACAUUAACUGAUUUGGUAAAAAUUGUAAUUAUCUAAAGAAAACCUUUUUUGAUAAAGACUAAUAUAAAAAAGAGGAAGAACCAUCAAAGAAUAGAGAAUAAUUUACUGAAAAUCCAAUAAUAGAGUAAUUGAAUUAAUUAGAUGAAUAAGAAGUGUCAGAAUCAUAAUCUGAAGAGGAAUUCUAAGAAUUUUAAGAAGAAAUAAAUGAUGAUGAUAUAAUAGAAGAAUUGAGUGAUGAUAAUUUAAGUGAAGAAGAAGAUGAUGAUGAUGAAUACUUUUGGAGUUAAAAAGAUAAAAAAUAAUAAUAAUCAUCUGUUGAUUUUGAAUUAUAAUUAACUUUGCUUUAAGAUGUUUUAAAAAAGAAACCUUAAAUAUAAUAAUAAACAAUUAAAGAACUAAUUAACAAAGUUCCAACUAAUUAAAAAGAGUAGAAAUAAAAGAAUAUUGUAAAAAAAUAAAAAGAAUCAGUUUAAAAUAAUAUUAGUAAAUCAUCAAAUGAAUAAAAUAGUAAAAUAAAUGAAAAUCUUAAAAAUAAAGAAACUUAAUUUUUGAAUAAUGAAGAAAUAGAUAUGCAAUUGUAAUAAAAAGAAUCUCAUGUGAGAUCUUUAAAAAAAGCAUUAAAAUUAGCUGAUAGAGUUAAAGAAAAGGAAUUAGAAAUUAUAUUUCCAUAAAUUGAAAAUUAAAAAGAAUAAUCAUAAGAUCAAUAGGUGAAUGAAGUUAAAAUUGAUAAUAAAAUAUAGGAGGAUCCAGAAUUGUCUAAAUAAACUGGAUAUUAAAGUCCUUUAAUAGAUGAUAUUCCUAAAAUUGAUGAAAUUAUUCAAGUGAAAUAAAAGGAGAAGAAAAUUACAUAAAAGCUUGAUGGUUAUAUGUAGAGUUUUUCAUAAGAUACUUAUACUUAGAAAGUUCAGAAAAAGAAAGAAGAAACUUAAAUUAAAAACAAUGAAACUACAGAUAAAGAAACAAGAGAAUAAGAAUAGGUGUAAUUAAUUCAAUUAAAGGGUCAAUCUCAUUCAACUAAAGUUGUUUAUGAAGCUUCUGAAGAUUCUUUAAGAAAAUUUGAAGAAGAUUUUGAAAGAAGAAAAUGUAAUUAUUUUAUAUUUAAUAUAGAGGAAAAAAUGAAAGAAAUUAAAUAAUAAUUGAUUCCAGAGAAUAAACCAACUAAAGUUAAAUUUUUAUCCUUAGCUUAAGAGGAUGAAUAGCUGAGAUCAUAUAAAGAUUUCUUUUACAAUUGA